AAGUGGGAGAAAGACAAUGCACCGACAUAGUGAUGGAGAAAUACCGCCCCGCAGUCUUCGUGGGCUAAUUGGAAAUCGCUCUUCCUCCAUUACCACAAUACCACCGGCAUCACUCCUCUCCUAAACCUUCACCUAUAAUUUCUCUCCCUCACUUUUUAUAUUUCCAAAUUUUGUUUAUUCAAAUCCAAAUCCUCUCUCCCCCUUUCCUUUCCUCUUAAGUAUUUUCCUUCUCUCCUCCGUUUCUUUCUCGGCAUUGGAUCUCUCUCCUACGGCUCUCUCGACGUGUCCCGAUCUGAUUGGGCUCGUCUGUUUCCGCUUUCGAUUCUCUUUAGGUCUUCUACCUUUACUUCAGAUCUGCUUUUCUCAUCAGAUUCAAACUCCAGAUCUGUUGUUCUUUAAGUCUAGUUUCUUUUGCUAUUUAUCUAGUUGGUUUUGAACUUUUUUUUUUCUGCGAGUAAAGUGAACUUUUGGCAAUGGCGAGAUUGUUCAGAUUCUGCAUUGCGCUUACUGCGGUGUUGCUUUUAGUGGAGUUCGCUGUCGCUGUAGAUCCGCCAGAGUUGUCGCCUGCGCCGGCGCCUGAAAGCGGCGCCGAAAAUGUUGCUCCAUCGCCACAUACAUUGUCUCCGCCGCUUUCGCCAACCGCUCCUUCGCCAUCUCCGUAUUUUGGGUCACCGCCGGCGCCACCACUGGCUUUGGAAUCUUCUCCGUCGCCUUCGCCUGACUCGUCUCCGGCGCCGACGCCCUCUCCUACACCCUCUUCGUCUGAUGUUGGGGAUAUUCAGCACACGAGUACUGAGAACGCAGAUGGAGAGGAAGGAGAGUCAUCCGGUGGACUCAAAGGUGGACAGAAGGCUGGGAUAGCGCUCGGAGUCAUCGCCUGUGUUGCUGUGCUCGGAGUCGGUUGUUUGGUGUACAAGAAACGGCAGGACAACAUCCAGCGAUCCCGAUACGGCUACGCAGCGAGGAGAGAGCUUCUUUAGUUAAGGAAAACCAUGAUUUUUAUCAUUUUUAAUUAUUUUCACACUAUAUUCACAUAGAGAUUUGUUAUAUUGAGUUCUAUUGUGGUGAUGAUUAUUUCUUUAGUCAGAUUUACCUAUUGUUUCACUGAAUAAAUGGUGGACAUUAGUCUAAUGAUUUUAAUAGUUGAUUGUAUAGUGUAUUUUGUUUUA